UCUGGGAGCGAAUUCCCGAAAAUCCUUUUUUCCUGGAAGUCAGAACCAGUUUGGAGAAUGGGACCCGUAUCGAGACUUUGUUUGCUGCAUGGGAUUUUGAUUGCGGUAAUAUUUCAUUCUCAGGCAGAUGAUGACAUCGCCACAGAGAAGAGAUACGUUGCCGCACUUGCGAAAAAUGACCGAUUGCCAAAGUUCAUAACUGCUCAGAAAAAAGAUUCCAACGAAGUAUCUCCUACAGAAGAUUCAUCUUCAUAUGGAAACAGUGAAAUACAGAUGGGAUAUCCAAAUUUUAUUCUUUCAGAGAAUAAGAGAAACAUCGGAGCGUUUUUUGAAUCUCGAGGAAGGCCAAGUUUUGCAUCAAUCAAUCGAAAUGAUCCCAGUGAAUCCAGUGGAGACACUUCCAGUAUGGAGGCAAAAAGAAACGUGGCGACAUUAGCUCGACUUGGAAGAUUAAAUGCCAUUCGAUAUGGACGGUUGCAGUCCAGACUAGUUGGUGCCAAAAGAAUCAAUAACGAUCAAAAUACUCUUGUCAAAGGAACCAAUAAUGAGGAUAAUGAUAUUGAUAUUAUAGGUGAAAUAGACUGUCAUGAUGGUGAUGAGGAGCAAGUAGUUGAAUUGACUCCGAAUUGGCAGAAGAAACGCUAUGUUGCAGCCUUAGCAAGGUCAGGUAGGCUACCCAUAUGGCACUCACAGAGGAUGUGGGGUGCUGGUAAAAGGGAUGAUUCAUAUCCUUACGGAGACGACUCCAGAUAUAAUGGCGACAAUGAUGAAAUCGAUAAUACUAUUGAUGAAACAGCCAGUGUGACACCAAAGUACAAAAGGUGCAAGAAAGUCUAUGGAUUUGAACCACAGAAGCGCAAUAUUGCAGCGUUGGCUAAAAAUGGCAGGCUACCUUUUAAUGCUUACCAAGACGAUAAGCGAAACAUACAAGCAAUGGCUCGGAAUGGAAAUUUACGUUUCCGCAGUAAUCAAGAUGAGAAACGCAAUAUACAGGCAAUGGCCCGAAAUGGAAAUUUACGGUUCAAUAGUAAUCAAGAUGAUAAGCGAAAUGUACAGGCCAUGGCUCGCAAUGGAAAUUUACCUUUCCGUAGUAACCAAGAUGAGAAACGCAAUAUACAGGCAAUGGCCCGGAAUGGAAAUUUACGGUUCAAUAGUAAUCAAGAUGAUAAGCGAAAUGUACAGGCCAUGGCUCGCAAUGGAAAUUUACCUUUCCGUAGUAACCAAGAUGAGAAACGCAAUAUACAGGCAAUGGCCCGGAAUGGAAAUUUACGGUUCAAUAGUAAUCAAGAUGAUAAGCGAAAUGUACAAGCCAUGGCUCGGAAUGGAAAACUACCUUCCUAUAGCAGUGUAGAUGAAAAACGAAAUGUUCAAGCAAUGGCUCGAAACGGAAAGCUGCCUUCCUCCGCUUCCCAAGCUGAUAAAAGGAAUAUACAGGCUAUGGCUCGAAAUGGUAAACUGCCUUCCUUCAAUUAUCAAGAUGGCAAAAGAAAUGUACAGGCUAUGGCUCGAAAUGGUAAACUUCCUUCCUUCAGUUAUCAAGAUGGCAAAAGAAAUGUACAGGCUUUGGCUAGAAACGGAAACUUGCCUUUUACAAAAAAUCAAGAUGAAAAACGUAACAUUCAGUCCAUGGCUCGAAAGGGAUUACUAUCCUCCUUUAGUGCUCAAGAUGGAAAGCGAAAUGUACAAGCUAUGGCUCGAAAUGGAUAUCUGCCUUUCACUAAGACCGAAGAGGACAAACGCAAUAUACAAUCCAUGGCUCGAAAUGGAUAUCUGCUUUUCACUAAGACCGAAGAGGACAAACGAAAUAUACAAUCCAUGGCUCGAAAUGGACAUCUGCCUUUCACUAAGACCGAAGAGGACAAACGCAAUAUACAAUCCUUGGCUCGAAAUGGAUAUCUGCCUUUCACUAAGACCGAAGAGGAUAAACGCAAUAUACAAUCCAUGGCUCGAAAUGGAUAUCUGCCUUUCACUAAGACCGAAGAGGACAAACGAAAUAUACAAUCCUUGGCUCGAAAUGGAUAUCUGCCUUUCACUAAGACCGAAGAUGAUAAACGCAAUAUACAGUCCAUGGCACGAAAUGGGAAGCUGCUCUACAAUAGCUAUGGCAAUGAAAAACGCAAUAUACAGGCUAUGGCUAGAAGUGGAAAAUUGCUCUUCAGUUCGUAUCCGAAUGGUAAACGGAGUGAAGAAGAUUCUGAAUGGGAUGAAAGCGUAGCAGAAGGCGAUUUUCAUGAGGAUAAACGCAACCUUGCUGCUUUAGCUCGAAAAGGUAAAUUGCCAUUCAGCAAUAUGAAGAGAAAUUUAGCUGCAAUGGCUCGAAACGGAAAACUUCCUUUCAACAACUAUCCAAACAUGAAACGAGAAGAUGAUGAAUCGAUAUGGGAAGAUAACACAUCUUCAAGUGAAAUGCAAGAAGAUAAAAGAAAUAUCGCAGCAUUGGCUCGGAAUGGAAAAUUGCCGGGACAAAGUUAUCGAGAAAAUAAACGCAACAUUGCUGCUUUGGCUCGUAAUGGGAAGUUACCGGCUUUUAACGAAGAUGGUAAACGCAACAUAGGAUCUUUAGCACGGAAAGGAAUGCUUCCAGUUUCAAUAUAACGAUCAUACUCUCUUCAUCCAAUUGAAUCUUAAUUCUUUAUAAAACAUAAAUGUUCCUCAGUUUGCUCGUGUUAAGUCAAGUGUGUUAUUAUUUUAUCUAUUGCUUCUGUUAAAAAUGACAGCUGAAUAGUGACGCAUACAUUCCAAAUUCCUGUACUGUCAAAGAAAAUCGGGACACUUGAAUGUUUUAGAACAUGAUAGAAACCAAAAAUUGUAAUUUUAAAAUAUAUUUGAAGUCUUUGUGAAGGCACUGUAUUUAAAUUCACAUCAAAACUCCUAAAUUACCUAACAGUGUAAUUUCAUAUUCUUCAAGUGAAAACUUUUCACAAAAUUUUAUUUUCAAACAAAUUACCUUUGUCGGAAUCAUCUUACAUAUCAUGGUUGACGACUUCAACUAGUUUCGUGGAUAAAGUACACCACUCCGGAAAGUCGCAAUUCUUUAUGAUUAUUAAUAGAAUACAUGUUCUUACGAAUACUUCUGAAGUAUAUCAUGUUGCUGUAUCUUUCACUGUUUAUCCAUAUGAAGUAAAAAUAAAGAAAAGC